AUGGAUUUUUUACAAGAACAGAUGAAAAAUAUUGACGCCAACCCAGUCAUUCAAACUACCAGAGCGACUCCAAGGUAUAUCGCCACUGGUAAUAGUACGGGCACUAGUUCAAGAGAAUCAUUAAAUAUACCAAUAAGCAAAGAGGAUGGCAUAUCGAAAGAAAAGCCACUAAUAAAAGCACAAUUACAACAAACUCCACAAGAUGAUAUUAUGGAAUUAAAAGAAAAUAGUUUUGAAGAAGAUAAUGGCAAUAAAAAGGGUUUCAUGAUCCGAAAAUCAUCUUUUCCCAAUACCAAUAUAAAGCUACCAUCUUCAACUUCAUCAUCCAGUUUUUCAAUAUUUCAUUCUAUGAAAGAUAACAACUAUCAAACCCCAAGUGUUUUACCAUCUCAUACCAUGUAUACAGAUGAGGAAUAUGAAGAGUUUUCAGAAGAGUGUAGGGAGCCAUUUUUUACAAUACCUUAUACCAGUUCGAAAAGAGAUGCAUUUAAAAAUGAUAAAGAAGGUGAAAUUAGAUUCUUCAAUUGUGGUAUUAAAUAUCAGUCUCAAAAUAUCGAAGAUUUUAUAUUAUAUCCAAAUAUAAGGGACCUUUCAAUAUUUCAAGGUAAAAAAAUUCAGUUUGUAUCGACUGAGAUGUUUAGAAAAUCUUUAUCUACUCAAGCAAAGGGAAAGGGCAAAAAAUCUGAUCUAACAUCUGAAUUUGAAAUUAAAGAAUCAAUGACAUUCUCGCAAUGGAAAUCAAAAUUGAAUGAGUUUGGAAUUGAAAUUCAAUUAAAAGAUGGUAGUAAAGAUGCUAAGCAACAGUACGAAAAAUUAAAAGAAAUGGACAAGACCAAGUUUGAAUAUCCGACAUCAUCAUUAUCAACAUCAGCUUCAACAUCAUUAUCAGCAUCAGCUUCAACAUCAUUAUCAGCAUCAACUUCAACAUCAUCAUCACUAAAAACAACCAGUGAAAGAUUCUCUAAACCUUUGAGUAGAACCUCAGGACUUAUAGCUUAUGGCAGAAGAGGUGGAGAAAAGCUACCAGAAUCAAUUUUAAAUGUUUCUCCAAUACCAAAGAAAAAAAGAAUGCUUUUUACAAACAAAAUAAAUCCAGAGGAAGGAUACGAAGAUGUUAGGAAAUGGACUGGUAAAGAGGAUAUUUUUCAAAAAGAUUUUGUAUUUGUUCCAAUUAAUUAUGCGGCACAUUGGAGUUUAAUGAUUAUAUGUUAUCCUGGAAGAGUAAAAGAGUAUAAAGAAAAUGAUAAGAAAAGACCAUGUAUGAUAUAUUUAGAUUCACUUUUUAGAAGAUGCGUUAAUUUUCAAGAAAAUUUAAGGAAAUAUUUAACAUUGGAAUGGAAGAAUAAAAAGUAUAAAGAUGGUAACAAUGGCUUUGAAGAGGUAGAAUUUAAUUCUACAAACUAUCCACUUAGGGUACCACAUGUUCCAUUACAAAAUAACUCUUAUGACUGUGGCGUAUUCUUAUUGCAUUAUUUAGAGCUUUUCUGUAAAAAUCCAAUCACCGAUUUCAAUAAGCCAUUAGAGUUGCCAAAUUGGUUUAAGGUGUCAGAAAUUACAAAAAAGAGAAAAGAAUUAAAAAGAUUAAUCUACAAACUUAGAAAAGAGCAAAACCCAGAUGCAGCAACUCUUGAAGAGGAGGAGACCUAUGAAAUUGUCUAUAAAAGUGAAUCUAUUCCAUUUCCAUUGGAUACUUCAAUCGAUUCAAGUAUAGAAAUUAUUGACGAUCCUGAUGAAAUUACAACGACUGUUUAUUCUUCUGAUUUAAAUGUUAAAGAUAAUACCAAAAACAUAAAAUCAAAAGAAAAAGAAAUUAUUCAAAAGGAAAUUACAAAUGUUAAAGAUGAUAUUAAAGAAAAGGAUGUAGAUACAGAAAAAGAAAAGGAAGAAAAAAUAACAAAAAAAGAAAAAAAUAAAGUAAGAGGUGAAGAGACUAAUCAAAACCAUGAAACUAUUAAAACAGAACUUGAUAAAUUAGAAUCAAAUCAAAACAAUUUUAAAGAUGAUAAAGAAAACGAUCAAAUUGAAGCCCAAGAUCUUGAGGAGGAGGAGGAGAUAGAAUCGACACCAACUACAUUAUUAACAAAAGAGAUUGAAUUAAAGAAAGAGAAAUUGAAAUUAACAGAAAAAGAAAAAGAAAAGAAUCAACCAAAAUCAUCGUCAAAAUCAAUAGACAGAAAACCAUUAAAUAGUUUACAUUUAUCUAUAAGUUCAGAAAGCGAAAGUGAAAAUGAAAUAUCAAUAAAAAGAAAUAAAACAAAUAGUAGUAGUAAAAAGACACUAGAACUGAAAUCAUCAAAAAAGAAAAGAAAAGGAAAAGAAAGUCAAUCUGAAAGUGAAGAUGAAGAGCCAGAAAAGGAAAAGAGGGCAAUAAAGUUACCGAGGAACAAAAAUAAGAAGGUUAAAGUAAAGAGUUCAGAUGAAGAGCCAAGAAAACAUCAAAAGAAACAAUCAAGUUCUGAAGAUGAGAUUUCUGAAGCAUCAGAAAAUGAAAAAUUUCUUCCACCUUCAGUUACACUUCAAAAAAACAAAUUUGGUACAACAUUAAAAUAUUCAAAAUGUAUUGGUGGAAUUGAAUCUGAUGAAGUGUCAUUUGAACUUGACAAUUAA